AUGGAUGCAGAAACGCAUUUGCUGCACAUUGUCGAACUGCUAAAUUGGAGAGCGGACCAAUUGGAAGGUAGUUUGAGUGAACUCAAAAGGGAUCUGAACGCCAGCGGCGCGGAUUCUGAAGUGGUCUCCACCAUCAGCAAGUCUCGGAAGCAUGUGGAAGUCCUUCGCAUGGAUAUCGAAAAGGAGCUGGAACCGGAGGCUGAGAUGUCUCUAAAGAUGGCCCAUCACAUCACCAACAAAAUCAUCCAAGAUGCAGUUGACCGUCUCGCCGACAAAGUUCGUUCGCAAUACCCACAACUCGAGCUCGCCGCAACCAUGCUCCGUCUCUUCUUCGAGGGUCCCGAGGGCGACAUCAAGCGCAAAGAGUUGGAGACCAGAUUGAAAGCUGAAAUGGGCCUUGACAAUUUCGGAUAUAAUGAUGACAAGCUUGAGUUCGAGGAGAUCGUGAAGGAAUACGAGAAGGAAGCCGAGCAGUUGGCUCUGUCAUUUGCAAUGGAGGACGCCAAAAAGAUGGUCGAUGCUUGCUUCGGCGUACAGGCAGAGAAGUGAUGGUUCCCAAGAAAGACUUGAUGAAGGCUAGACAACUGCCUCGAAGCAACACCACGGUCCCAUCACGGCGGUUCGAAAGGGAGAAGUGGUCGUUACGAGCAGUAUCUUGGUUCACAAAAUUAGCCAGGGCAAACGAAUAGCGCAGAUUCAAGACGACUCACAUCAGGAGUGGUCAUUCGACAGCCAACAAGAUGCAUUUUCUUCAUAAAAUCAACUCACAAACCAUUUCAGAGAUCACAUUGUUCAUUGACGGCGGCGAAAUGCGAUUGAGCCGAAUCAUCUGAAGAAUUGAUAAACAAGCUCAUGCCUUCAUCUUAAUUUCUUCAAGGUCGAAUUUGGUUGCAACGCGACUUCCGUUCCAGUGCUUGUUUGG